UUUUGCUGAUGGCAUACUUUCCAGACACACAGUGAAAGAAUGAGAAAUGUUCAGACCCUCAAAGCUGCUUGGAGCACACUAUGGAUUUGACAGUGAAAACUUUGACCUGGCAGGUAUUAAGAUGAAGGGACUCCAGGUAUCUGAGUUCUGAGAGUAUGUCACUCUACUGACAACAGGUAGGCCAAGACUUGAGAUAGGAAGUCGACAGAACAAGAGACUCGUAAUAGGAGCCAGCAACUAGGAAGAAUGACAUCUACCAGCGUAAUUAAAAAGAUGUUUACAUGUAUGCUUUCUGGAAUGGACAUGUAGCAAUGGAAUUAGUUUAGUAUUCUAGUAAAGAGCAUAAAACUUGAAUUCUCUUUAUUUUGAUUCAAUUUUCCAUAUUGAAAAUAUACACUACAGCUUUCCUUUAUAGAAAACAUUAUGUGAAGGUUGUAUCACUAGGUGUAAGAGUGUAUUUAGAUAUGCUCUGACUUCUUCUCCUUCUUAUAUUAAGUGAUAACACGGUGACAAUAAUGAAAAACUAACUCAUAAUGACAUUUACUAAGUGGAAUUUUACUAUGUCAGUUCUUGGAAUUGUAAUUUAUGUAGCUGAUAUUGCAGCAGAUAUCUGGGUCACUAGUAACUAUUUCUGUGAGGGACAAUAUUCUUUAGGUAUCUUGACACUGGUUUUUAGGUUGCUGUCAUCAAUAAUAGUACAGAUAUUUAGUUAUGAAUGGUUUAAAGAUGACUGUGGAAGUCCUGAUCCUGGGAAGCUGAACUGGAUUUUUCUACUUCAUUUCUUGCAUGGUGGAAUUUUUACAAGGUAUUGGUUUGCAUUGAAAGAUGGCUACCAGGCUGCUUUUAAACAAAACAGCUCAGGAGAUAAACUUACUGGGGGCCCUGCCAGUAUCAUUCAUAAACGCGCCAUUGAUGCAGUGACUGAUAUUAGUAUGCUCAGGGUAUUUAAGACUUUCCUGGAGACCUCACCCCAGCUCAUUCUUCAGAUUUACAUCCUGAUGGAGCAUGACAAGGCUGCCUUCAGUCAGUAUGCUUCCAUCAUCACAUCUUUUAGCAGCAUUUCCUGGUCAACUCUUGACUAUCAGAUAUCAUUACGAAAAUCUGUGCCUGAUAAAAAUCAAUUUUCUGGGGUGCCUCCUAAGUUAAUCUACCUCUUGUAUAAACUGUUCACACUGAUUUCUUGGAUACUGAGUAUUGCACUGGUCACCCUAUUAAAUAUCAUAAGUAGUAUAUUUCUGCUAAUAUUUCUUUGGACCUUGGGCUUCAGCUGGACUUUGAAGCAACACACUACAUUCUGCACAUCUAAGAGGAUGGAAUUUUUAUACAGGACUGUUGUUGGGAUCAUUCUUAUUUUUACAUUUUUUAAUGUCAAGGGGGAAAAAACAAAAAUGUAUAUUUCUAGUUAUUAUGCCACUCAUGUGCUUGUAACUUUAGGCAUUAUGUGUGUGUGUUUGUUCUGGAAGACUUCAGUUACUGAGCAAUUAUAUUUUACAUUUGUGAGCAUCACAAUUGUUCUCACUCUGGGGUUAGGUAUUAUUUGUCUUAUUGUUUAUUAUAUGGUUUUCCACCCCGCUAUUUAUUUCAAACAAGAGAGUGCUUCAGAUAAAGUUGAUGGACUAGCAGGAGAAAGAGAAAAAGAAAUCAGUAGAAUAAGAAAUUUCAUAAUGGAAUGAAUUAUGUUAAUUUUUAAAAUAUGUGCAAAUCAAAGCAAAUACUACCUGGACUGUUAGUUACUCUGUCUUUACUCUUCAUACUUGCAAUGGGCAUUUCAAGUAAAAUAAUCCUAAUGGGAAUGGUAGUAGUAAUCAGCUCUGAAUAAUUAUUGGUUCUGCUGUACUACAAAGCAAAGACUUUAUAAAAUGAACUAAGCACUUCUGCGUAUUGGU